UACAGAGAGUGGCGACUGGCUUCGGCGCACGUCGGGGUGACGGGAAGGCAGCUCGUGACUGGCCUACACAGAAUUCAAACAUUUCAAAGCGGUCGAGUCCCGACGAGGCAGCCAAACAAGAGGCCGGUGCGCGAGGGAGCAGGAGCCUGGUGCUGAGGCUGGUAUGAGAAAAGAAGGCUGCAAAGUCAUCUGGGUGUGAGCAAACACCCGUCAAAGGAGCCCCUUUUCCUGCAAAACAUCAGUUUGCUUUGAAUCGUCAGAACUCUAAGAGACGUGGAGUGGAGACCAUGUGGUGUUUGAAGCUGCUCUUACCGUUCCUUCUAAUCAUCAAUGAAAUCAGCUGCCAGUGGAACGUUUGGGUUCCGCGGGACAUCUCGGCCAUGAGCAACACUUGCGUAGUCAUCCCGUGCACAUUCAUGUAUCCGUCAGGCAUCAGGCCGUACCGUGGCGUCCACGGUAUCUGGUACUACGGACAGCCCUACCCGCAGCUUUUCCCACCAGUGGUGUUCAAGACGCGUACGGACGUUUUCCACGAGAGCUACAAGGGUCGCACCAAGAUGCUGGGUGACCUGCAGCAGAGGAACUGUACGCUGCUUAUCAACAACGUUGGCCCAGAGCACUCAGGGAGGUACUAUUUCCGCGCUGACCUUGGCGGGGCCAACGUGUAUACCUUCCCAGACUUUGCAGAGCUAAAAGUUCUGGAACAACCCAACAUCGACGUCCCUGAUGAGAUUGUGAGCGACGAAAGCUUGACGCUGACGUGUUACGCUCCCGACAACUGCCCUGAUAUGACUCCUGAGAUCCAGUGGAUGUACACGGACUACCUGCCCGACCCAGAGUUCAGCUCUGACUUCCAGGAGGAGAGCAACACAGGGGUGUUAUCCCACACCCUGGUAUUCACCCCGAGGCCGGUGCACAACGGCCAGCUGCUGGGCUGCAGAGUGUACUACCCCAACACCUCACUAGUCUACGAGAGGCUCAUCUCUCUGGACAUCAAGUAUGCUCCCCGUUCAGUGUGGGUAAACGUCUCCUCGGAAGUGAUGGAGGGCAACUCGGUGACGCUCCACUGCGAGGUGGACAGCAACCCUCCUCCAAGGAUCUCCUGGAAAUUUGGAGAACAGGAGCUGCUAUGGGACACGGCAUCCAACUUGUCGCUCACCAUAGAUGACGUGACGCCGGCGGAGGAGGGGGUCUACACGUGCAUCGGGGACAACGGCUAUGGCACCAUGAAUACGUCACUGUAUUUGGCUGUCAAGUACCCUCCCCGCGAGCCCGUCAUCAACGACUCCCUGACAGUGCUGGAGGGUGCCUCAUUUACGCUCCAUUGCAGCACUCAGGGUAGCCCUCCGCCCACCCUUACCUGGCUGAAGGACGGCGAGCUAGUGGGCACCAUCACCGCUGACGAGCUGUCCGUGCUGGAGAUCGAGGGCAUCACGCCACAGGGCGAUGGCCAGUACCGUUGCCUGGCUGAGAACGAACACGGCCGGGCCAGCAGCUCCCUGAACAUCACAGUGGAGUAUGCUCCUGUCCUCCUGGAAGAAUCCAAAUGUACAGUAGUACGAGAGGGUGUCCAGUGCGUCUGCAUGGGCAUGGGGAACCCUGAACCUACCAUUGAGUUCUACCUGCCCGAUUUGAAUGUCACCGUCAACGAGACGGAGGGCCGCUACAACUUCUACACGCACACCGACGGCCAGACGGCCACGGGCAUGAUCAAACUGCGGGAGAAGGGCGAGCGGGCCGGCAAUGGUGUCCCCGCCGUCAACGUCCGUUGCAAGAUCUCUAACAUGUACGGGAGCGAAAAUGUACCCCUGGAGCUGCAGCAGGAGAAGAAAUACCUGAUGGCCGUUAUCGUUGGCACAAUCGGCGGAGUAGCAGUCAUCGCCUUCAUCAUCGCGGCAGUGAGAUACGUGGGCCACAACAACAAGAAAGAAAAUGGCCUCCCUAGGCAGGACGUGGUCCUGGAGAACCCCGCUUUGUACUACAGCGCAGUCAAGAAGGACAAACAAAAUCUGAGGAAGAAAGUGCUUAAGACAGAGCUGUUGGGCUCAAAGUUUAACUCCAUUCUAGAGGAGAGCACGGGAGAAGACGGGGAUUUCCAACCUGCAAGCUCUUUGGCAGGCAUGGAGAGGCGAGAGCUGAACUACGCCGCCCUGGACUUGGGCGGGCCCAGGGAGGGGGCCCCGGGAAGGGGGGACGACGGCGGCAGUAGCUACGCGGAAAUCAAAGCCAAAUGAAUCGCAAUCCUUCCCUGAUGCCUAGGCCACGCGAGACACAGUUGCAAAAGCUUGGUAGAAUUUUCAUGCGCAAAUGCUAAAACGGUCACAAUUUAUUAUCAUUUAUACGUAGUUCUUUUUACCUGCGUUUUUGUCUUUACCAGGGAUGUAACGGUAUGCCAGAUACAUUUUGAAGUUUUGAGUUUGUGUGCACUAAGUGACGGAACAAAUGUGAACAGGGCAAAAGGAAAUCCCCCUGAGUGGACCAUCUAACUAGUGGGGGUGCUAUUGGACAGUUAUUCGUGGGCCUCUCAAGACGAUCGCCCGGUGCAUGUGUGGGUUGUAAGUGAAAUAUUUUUGCGGGCUGCUCCAGACAACCAGCCGGUUCAUACCCCGGGUCUUAAUGCACAAAUCGUUUUUUCUUCAUUUUUUUCCCGACUCGAGUGAGGCAUUACUUUGGUGGUCUGAACGGGACAGGUCGCAUAUAAAUGUACCAUUUCAAAUCCGAUCUAGGUCACUUUCGUUCGUGGUUAAAAUCCGAACUGGGCCACAUUUUUCCAGGCUGCAGUCUGAACGAUCAAGUCUCCCAAAUUGGAAUUCAUUCAGCAAUUACGUCAGCAAAGAGCGAGAGAUGGCUUUACAGCAGCAAUGGAGCUGUGCAUUAGCAUUAGCGCCUAGCUUGAACUUGGCUUUAAGGGAAGAGGCGGGUUCGACAUUAAAAACAUGAAAUGAAAGAGGGGGGAUAUGCAUGAGAAUGCUCGGUUUUCUUUCUGUGCUCCAAAUUAGCAAUAUUUCAAGAGAGUCGGGGCGAUUUGCCCGUAUGUGUGCGCGUCAUGCGUUCUAUCAAUCCAUAUAAACUUUGAAUAUAAGACUAAAUGGAAAUUAUUUUUGCCUGUUAUUUGUGUCCUUUUUUGAAAUCAAAAUAUGAUCACCCUAGAAAGACGUAGAGCCAGCAUGUGUAGUCAUUUGUUUUGAUGCUUCUGCCCAUGCGGGUCAGUUUGCUCAGCGCGUGUUGGACUGCAAAUUAGUGCGCAUGCGUACUACAUUUACGGGCUCAAUGGAAAAAGGCACUCUGAAAAGGCACGCCCAAAAAAAGAUAUGAAGAAAAAUCGGAUUUGUGCAUUAAGAUCUGCGGUAUGAAGCUAGCCUAUAUAACAGCUUCCCGCAUCAUGUUACCUUUCUGUUUGAUCCCGCCCAACCAUGCCCACCUUACGUCCACAAACCGGGCCCCUUAGAGCAGUGUUUUUCAAACGGUGUGCGGUGAGGGAUCGUCAGGUGCGCCAGGAGAAAUCAUCCUCGGUCACUUUUUUUUUUCACGCCGUCGGCGGAGCUGCAGUAGGAAGACUCGUGUCGCGUUCAAGAACUGCUUGGAUUUCUAGCCAUCAGCCACCUUGCUGUCGGCGAAAAUGUGGAACCCAGCACAUCUAUUGUACAUCAUUUGAUUAGACUCGUCAAGUGUCGAUAUAGUGUACAAAAAAGUGUCCUUACCAUUUUAAUCCAUAUGUGUCGACCGUCAAUCCUCCUCCUGUGUUUUAUUCCAACACAUUGUAGAAGACAGCAAGUUGGCUGAUGGCUAGAAAUCCGAACAGUGUUUGAACGCUAUCCAACAGCGCCUUGGUGCCAAGCAAGCUUAAUCGUCAUCUCCAAACGAAACACCUGUCGCUUCAAACUAUGGACUAUUUUGUUCGCCUUCAUGAAAACACAGAGAAACAGGCAAGUUAGCUUGUUGCUGAACUUGUCGCUAAAUCCAAAAAGUCCCACACUGUGGCAGAGAAAUUAAUACUACCGUAUUUUUUGGACUAUAAGUCACACCAGCCACAAAAUGCCCAACGAAGAGGAAAAAAACAUAUAUAAGUCGCACCGGAGUACAAGUCGCAUUUGUAAGGGAAAUUUACUUGAUAAAAUCCAACACAUAGAACAGAUAGGUCAUCUUGAAAGGCAAUUUAAAAUAAAAAUACAAUAGAAAACAACAUGCUGAAUAAGUGUACAGUAUGAUAAUGUUACAUGAUGCAUGAACAUUGAAAUGCGAACAUGGCGGGUAUGUUAACGUAACAUAGCUAUUAAGAGUUAUUCAGAUAACUAUAGCAUAAAGAACAUGCUAACAAGUAGAGGUGCACGAUAAUUAUCGGUCCGAUAAUAGGAAUUAUGACGUCAUCCCAAUAAAUCCAAUAACACUGAAUAUUAUCGGGAGGCCCAAUUCGGGCCCAUUAAUAGUAAUUUUGGAUUGGUGUCGGUGGAUUGGGAUGUGUGCGUUUGUUUCCACUCCUGUUUACAUACCUAUAUAAUGUUAUUGGAUUUAUUGGGAUGACGUCAUAAUAAUUUGUACAUCAUAGAUAUCACGUUUUUACCUGAUGGCAAUCAUGUUUUUACAUCAUAGAUGUCCCGUUAUUACAUGAUAGUUAUCCUGUUUUUACAUGAUAUUUAUCACAUUUUUAGAUGAUAAUAAUCACGUAACUCCUGUAGGGCUGCAGCUAUCGAAUAUUUUAGUAAUCGAGUAAUCGACUGAAAAUUCUAUCGAUUAAUCGAGUAAACGGAUAAAACAAAUAUAUUUUUGGGUGAAGAGCAAUUAUAAAUGUACAUGAGAAAACAAGACAUUUCAUCUAAUCUUGAACCAUUUUCAGUCAAUCAAUGUCUUUAUUUUCGAUGUAUGUUGUUGAAAACAGCCAACAAUUGCAUCUCAGAUGUAACUAAAAUAAAAAAAAAGACUAAUUCACUGCUUUCACUCAAAAAACCUUUAGAUCUUAUUUAAAAAAAAAAAAAUAUAUAUAUAUAUAUAUAUAUAUAUAUAUAUAUACACCUAAAAAUGCUGUUACGCUUGAUAACAUACAUCACUUAAAAGUUAGGAUUUUUUCCCCACGUGUUUCCAUUGAAUUUCUAUUUGUGUCAAGCCAUUUUUAAGUUCUAGUUAAGUUUUAAGUUAGUCUAAAUUGUAAAUCCUGAUAGGAUUUUGAGUUUUUGCAGUGUUCAAAAUAAAUGUAUGAUUACAGGCUGUAUUGGAGCACAUUAGGGACCAGUGCCACUUGGUGUUUUAUCUAGCAAUGACUACUGAGCUAAAAUUGAUAGGUAGCAUUAUUGAGUCUUUAUUUCACACCCUCAUCUCUCCACAUCGCUAUGUUAUGUUAAAGCCUGUAUGUAAGACACGUUAGCCAAGCAUCGACAGUGGUCAUAAUUAAUAGAAACCUAGCCCUCCGCAGGGCUAACGUUACGUUAAUCUUAUUUAUUAGCGCUUAGCGCUCUUUAUUAGCGCUUAGCUUAGCUGCUUUAAGAUGGCGGCUGUUUACUAAUGCUGCCCAGACGCGGCCGAGUCUGUCAUUUUGCAUCUAGUUCAACAUACAUGUGAUCUCUAUGAGACUCAUCAGACACUACAGGCUACCAACUAGCAUCGUGAGGGCUAGUAUUUAGCAACGUCGGCGUCGUUUUUAGCGGCUGUCGGCUGCAGUAAGUUUUUUUUCUCUCCUUCUUCUUCCUCUACGUACGUGACAUCAGCGCGUCCCGCAUUAAAAGCAGUCCAAGCAAAACGUGAUGCUUAGAGCUGUCAAAAUAAACAAUUACUCGAGGUGAAUAAAACUACUCGGAUCAGUUUUUAAACUCGAGUUACUCGAGUUGCUCGAGUAUUCGUUUCAGUUCUAAACUCCUUUUCAUGUCAUCAUGAAAAUUCUGGUUAGGUCAAAGGCAAAUCUAUGCUGAAUCCACCACUUGUAUUUUUGACCUACAGGUGUUCAAAAACAAGUGAAUUUACAUUGAAAAAUUAUAUAUAUAUGUUAUCGGUUAUCGUAUCGGUAUCGGCCUUAAGGAGCAGGAAGUUAUCAAUAUCGGUUUUAAAAAUGGAUAUCGUGCACCCCUACUAACAAGUUUACCAAACCAUCAAUGUCACUCGAAAACACCAAAAUAACAUGUGAAAUGAUACAACAAUGGGUUAAUAAUUUCACAUAUAAGUCGCUCCAGAGUAUAAGUCGCACCACUAGCCAAACUAUGAAAAAAACUGCGACUUAUAGUCCGAAAAAUACGGUACCUGCUUGCAAAGCCAUUGUCAGCGAGAUGCUCGGCCCUGGUUAAAGACAUUGCUAAAUUACCCCUCUCUAAUAACUCUUAGCUUUUCAAGCUUAACUGAUAUAAUAAAAACAGAGAGAGACUAAGAGCUGUUGAAAAAGAUUCCUGCCAGGAUAUCGGCUUUGUGUUCAUCUAAAAUUAAUCUAAACAGGCUCCAAUUUCAUAUUGAGUAAGUAUAAAUACUGAGAAAUUAUUUUAUAAUUAAACUAGGGGUGUCAAACGAUUAAAAUUUUUAAUCGAGUUAAUUACAGCUUAAAAAUUAAUUAAUCGCAAUUCAAACCAUCUAUAAAAUAUGCCAUAUUUUUCUGUAAAUUAUUGUUGGAAAGGAAAGAUAAGACACAAGAUGGAUAUAUACAUUCAACAUACAGUACAUAAGUACUGUAUUUCUUUAUCAUAACAAUAAAUUAACAUGAUGGCAAUACCGUUAUUAACAUUCUGUUAAAGCGAUCCAUGGAUAGAAAGACUUGUAAAAGAUAAAUUUUAGUACAAGUUAUAGAAAUUUUAUAUUAAAACCCCUCUUCAUGUUUUCGUUUUAAUAAAAUUUGUAAAAUUUUCAAUCAAAAAAUUAACUAGUAGCCCGCCAUUGUUGAUGUCAAUAAUUACUUACACAAUGCUCAUGGGUGCUGAAACCUAUAAAAUCAGUCGCA